AUGGAAACGUUGAAGUGGUUAUCAGAAUUAUUUUGGGAUGAGCGCUGGUGGCUUCCCCGUGGAGUAAAGUGGGCAGAUGUGACCAAUGGACCGGACAAGACUGUGUUGUACCCUGAUAUAUCGGACUUUUACUAUGUUAUACCUUUGACGAUUGGCUUACUCGUCUUAAGGUACACACUGAACAUACCGAAUAAUAUCGUCAAACGCAAGGACUUUUGGGGAAUGCUAGCACAUCAUGUUGUCACCAUCUUGUUAUUGUUUAUCAGCUGGAAUAUGAAUGCUUUCAGGAUUGGACUGAUUAUAGUAGUAUUAUUAGACCCCACGGAAGUUUGUCUCGAGCACCUCAAUCCGAUCGAUGGUAUUUUGGGGGCCUUUCAUCGCUGCAUACGUCGUAAACUCAUUGCUGUUUGUACUGUUCAUUCUAUGUGUCUACUGGACAAUACUUAUAGUAAAAGUUGUAUUCAAUACUAUGAGUUCUGGGAUUCUUUCAACAGUCUCAUGUGGGAGAGCUAUGCUUCGGCACGAAUGGGUCGGCUCGACCGGAGUGAUACCACGGCCUCACAGAAAACCGGCGUGAAACAACCACAGUGUUGUGUUUCGCCGUUGCCAAUAAUGUUGAGGUAUCUCCUCGAUAAGUUUUGGAAUGAAGACGUGUGGUUACCGCCAAAUACGACAUGGGCAGACCUCGCUCCAGGUCCCGAUAAGGCGGUGGUUUACACCGAUCAUACGCACGUUUUCUUUCCUAUACCGUUAGCAUUUGUGUUUAUACUCGUGCGCUACGUGAUAGAGAAGUUCGUCAUUGCUCCAUUUGGCACAUCAUUGGGUAUUAAAAACACGAAGCCACGACGAGCACCGGACAAUCCCAAGCUAGAGAAAAUCUACAAGACCUCACCUAAACUAAAACAGCCGGAGAUCUUAGCCAAGAAACUCGAUAUCUCGGAGCGUGAGUUGCAGCGUUGGUGGCGCCUCCGCCGAGGUCAAGACAAGCCUUCGACCCUAGUGAAGUUCUGUGAAAAUGCAUGGAAAGUGCUCUUCUAUACUUGUAACUUCACUUUCGGGUUAUAUACUCUAUGGGAUAAGGAAUGGCUGUGGGACAUCGACCAGUGCUACAUUGGAUACCCUCAUCAGGGGAUCACGAACGACAUCUGGUGGUACUACAUGAUCUCGGCGGCGUUCUACUGGUCGCUGACGUUCUCCCAGUUCUGGGACGUGCGCCGCAAGGACUUCUGGCAGAUGUUCGUGCACCACAUCGCCACCAUCCUGCUCCUCUCCUUCAGCUGGGUCUGCAACCUGCACAGGAUCGGCACGCUCGUACUCUUACUCCACGACUGUGCUGACAUAUUUGUUGAAUCGGUGAAGGCGUCUAAAUACGCGAAGUACCAGAAGCUGUGUGACGUGCUUUUCCUGAUGCUGAUCGUAGUGUGGAUCGGUACCCGUGUCGGUAUCUACCCCUUCUACCUCAUUUGGAGUACAUCGAUCCGCGCCCCCAUGCUGCUCCCGAUGUUCCCCGCUUACUACAUCUUCAACUCGCUGCUGUGUCUACUACUCGUACUGCACAUAGUGUGGACCUGGCUCAUACUGCAGAUCGCGUACGUCGCUAUUAAGGCUGGGCAGAUGGACGGCGACAUUCGAAGCUCAAGCUCCGACCUGAGCGACAGUCCACACACCUCAAACAAUAGCUCUCCCACCAGAUCGAAGAGUAGAAACACGAGACCUAUGUACGAUGAACUAUCGUAG